AUGGGUACUCGUUUGAGUUUUAGCAUCGCUUACCACCCCCAUACCGAUGGUCAGACAGAACGAACCAUACAGACUCUUGAAGAUAUGUUGAGGGCUUGUGCCAUUGAGCUUAAAGAAUUGGAGGGGAGGAGUAGUAGUAGCAGCAGUAGUAGUAGCAGCAGUAGUAGUAGCAGUAGCAGUAGUGGUAGUAGUGGUAGUGGUGGUGGUAGUAGUGAUAGUAGUGGUGGUGGUGGUAGUGGUGGUGGUGGUGGUAGGAGCAGCAGUAGCAGGAGUAGUAGUGGUAGUAGUGGUAGUGGUAGUAGUGGUGGUGGUGUGGUGGUCGUAGCAGCAGCAGCAGUAGUAGCAGUUGUAAUAGCAGUAGCAGUAGUAGAAAUAGCAGCAGCAGCAGUGGUGGUGGUGGUGGUGGUGGUGGCAGUAGUCGCAGCAGUAGUAGCAACGGCAGCAAUAGUAGUAGCAGCAGUAGUAGCAGCAGUAGCAGCAGCAACAGCAGUGGUGGUGGUGGUGGUGGUGGUGGUGGUAGUAAGAGCAGUAGUAGCAGCAGCAGCAGUAGUAGCAGUAGCAGCAGCAGUAACAGUAGGAGUAGCAGUAGCAGCAGCAAUAGUAGCAGCAGCAAUAGCAGUAAUAGCAGUAGUAGUAGCAGCAGCAGCAGCAGUAGCAGUACUCACUCCAAGUCCAAAAUAG